UGGACCAACACUUUUCAGAGGGAAGGACGGAGCCUUUGCGAGCUGGCAGUUGCGCUUGUCCAGCAUGGCCAGCUUGUCGACGACUGCACUGGCCCACGCCAAGGCAGUGCUCAAGCCAUCACGCACGAUCUACACGCGGGCCGACGGCUCGCGCUAUAUACUACGCGACGACGGGAGCACCCGGGAGCUUCCGCAGCUGGAUCUGACGCCGUCGGCCUUUCCCAUCGAUACUCCGCGAUGGACGGCCGCGAUGGCAGCGUCGACACCGUCGGAUCCGACGCGCCUCCGCGUCGUGACGUGGAACAUGUGGUUCGACCAUCGAGACCAAGCGCUGCGCUUCGACGCGCUCAUCAUGCAAGUGCUUGCGCUCAACCCCGACGUCGUCUGCCUCCAAGAGGUCACGCCGCAGGUGCUUUCAGCGAUCGAGGCGUCGGCGCUACUGCAAGCCACGUACGACCACAGUCCCGAGCCCGUGUACCCUUACGGCUGCCUCGUCCUGGCGCGGCGAACGCUGCACCCAGCGUUUGCCACGACGCCGCUACCCUCCAAGAUGGGGCGCUCCAUGGUCACGUGCGUCGUCGAAGGGCACAUGGGUGCGCUGCCCGGCGUCGUUGGCACGGUCCACCUCGAGUCGCUCAACGCGCCGGCGGUGCGUGCGGCGCAGCUCCGCGCCUGUGCCGCCGCCCUCGCGCCGCAUGCGAACGCCGUGCUCUGUGGGGACUUCAACUUUGACGAUACGCAGGCGUGGGGCGAUUGGCACCGAAAGGAGUGCGAUCGCUUGACGCCGCUCGAGAAUGACGUGCUCGGUAUCGCGCUGCCCGAGUUUGAGGACGUUUGGCCUUUGCUGUGCCCCGGUGUGCGCGGCGCGACCUUUGACGGCGCCCACAACGCCGUGUGCAUCGCCGACCGGCACGAGAUCAUGCGCUACGACCGCGUCCUGAUCAAGCGCGGGCAGUGGCACGCGACCAGCAUCGCGCUUCUCGGCGAAGAGGCGCUGGAUGAUACCGGCAUCAAGAUCAGCGACCAUUACGGCCUCGUGGUCGACUGCACCGUGGCCGACCCUCGGUGUGCGCUUGACGCGACCGAGUUGUAGCUGUAAAGCUCUACAAUGAGGAUGGAGCGUCCACAUGAUCGGCUAGGGUCUGGGCUUGGG